CUUUGAGUUGAUAGCCGAUAAUACCGUUACGAAAUGGAAACACCGAUAUUGACCCCAAUGGACAUGAACUCUUCGGUAUAUGAACCCGCCGAAGACUCCUUUCUCUUGUUGGAUGCUCUAGAAUUGGACCUAGAUACGUUUCUUACUUCAAGAUCCCAGGAUCCUAUUUUGGUUCUGGAAGUGGGUUGUGGAUCCGGAAUACUAUCGACUUCUAUCGCAAAAGUUCUCAAAGAUAAGAAUUCCUAUGCCCCUUGCGUCUUCUCAAUUGACAUCAAUCCCGAAGCGACUCUUCUGACAAAGACAAACGCAUUACUAAACGGAUUAGAUGACUUCAUAAUUCAGCCGAUCUUAUUGGAUGGACCAAACUCUGCUCCAAAGUGUUUCCGAGAGCCGUUUGACCUCAUAGUUUGCAAUCCACCAUAUGUUCCAAUUCAGCCUGGGGAGAAUUCUGAAGAUAGCAAGUCUGGUUUGUUGGAAAAAUCUUGGAGCGGAGGCCCUGAUGGGAAUGAAUUCAUUACCCCAUUUUUAUCAAAUGUUGGACAAAUGUUAAGGUUGGACGGCGUUCUCUACUUACUUUUGAGCAGUUGGAAUAACCCAGAUUGGCUUAAUGAUGAAAUUGCCAAAUCAAAUGGACUCCAAGGAACUCUGCUGAUAAAACGUACUGCUGGGAGGGAACGACUAUCAAUUUGGAAGUUUGUGAAAAUUGCUUAAUUAGGAUGUUUAAUUUCUUUUGUAAUACGUGCAUACUAAUAAUCGUGAUAAACGAUAAGUGAACUUAAAAUGUACCCAUAUGAAUUGCGACUGUGUCGUCAUGUACUUGUAUUGCCGUGCAUUUGUACUUUGACCAAAAGAAAACUGAUGCACCGUGUGUAAGUCGUAUUCUGUAAGGCAUAUAUCUGUCGUUGUUGAACCACCUGAAAACUGUGUCAUAUUUCUGCCUUGAACUAUGUAAACUGUUAGCCUCGCUGUAUUGCAAUUCAGUUUUUGUACGUGUUGACAUUUGACAACUAACUGACUAUAAGCCUGCCAUUCUAUUGUGAUGUGAUCAAAUAUUCCAAGUUACUCAAUCGGGAAAUAUGUAUAAAAACCUUAAUGUUUGCACCUAUAUUUAUCUAUCUAUCUAGCUUUUAGUAUAUUACGACUAACUUUAUCGAUGUGAAUAUCCGUUGUUUGUUUUACUUCCUGUACACCAUUCCAGUCCUGUCGCAGGUAGUUUUUUUGUAUACACACUAAAAAGCGUAAACUAAAGAGGUAUGUAUAUUUUCGUUAUGCAUACUAAAAUAGAGGCACAAUAAAAUUGUUGUAAACGUUUACUUCUUGUUUACAUGCUGAA